UCGUUACACCCCCCCCUUCCCCAACACACACACACACACACACACACACACACACCGCCGGGGAUUUCCAGAGCCAGAGAUGUUCAACUCGUCUCCGUCGGCUUCUACGCUCUUCUUCUCCGCGGAUCGUGAUCAUGAUGUCGCCGACGGUUCCUCGCGCCCGUUCCGCGGCGGAGGUGUCGGUGUCGAUGUGGGCGACGGUGACGGGAACAACGGCUCGUGCGCCGAACGGCCACUCGAGUUCGCGCCCGCGGAGAAGGUGGCCGUGGGUCUCGCGCUAGCCGCGGUCACGGCGGUGACGGUAAUCGGGAACGCGCUCGUGGUGGUGGCCGUGUGUGUGGUGAAGAAGCUUCGGCAGCCUUCUAACUACUUGCUUGUGUCACUCGCGGCCGCCGACCUGUCCGUAGCGCUCGGGGUCAUGCCCUUCGCCAUAGCAACCGACCUCACCGGUGGGAAAUGGUUGUUCGGUGAAGCUUUCUGUAACGUCUUCAUUGGGAUGGACGUCAUGUGCUGCACGGCGUCUAUCAUGACCUUAUGCGUCAUCAGCGUGGACAGGUAUCUGGGCAUCACACGACCUUUAACGUACCCUGCACGUCAGAAUGGUCAACUGAUGGCAAAGAUGAUCUUCGGCGUGUGGUUGGUGUCGGCGUCCAUCACUCUUCCGCCAUUUUGCGGCUGGGCGAAGAACAUCAACGAAGAGGGAGUGUGUCUGAUCAGCCAGGACUUCAGCUACACCAUCUACUCCACCGCUGUGGCCUUCUACAUCCCCAUGCUUGUCAUGCUCUUCAUGUAUUAUAAGAUCUUCAAGGCGGCGAGAAAGAGCGGUGCCAAGCAUCGCUUUGAGUCGGUGAGGAUGCAAGGGCUGAAAACGCAGCAGCACCCGGUGGCCGAGGAGUGCGUGGCGCUGUCUCGAUUGCUCAGCCCAGAACGCCAGAACAUGUCCAUCUUCAAGCGUGAACAGAAGGCUGCCACCACGCUGGGUGUCAUCCUUGGAGUCUUUACCAUCUGCUGGCUGCCUUUUUUCAUCCUGACCACGGCGAGGCCGUUUAUAUGCGGCAUCGAGUGUAGCUGUGUCCCGAUUUGGAUCGAGAGGACGCUGCUGUGGUUCGGCUACGCCAACUCGCUCGUCAAUCCGUUUAUUUACGCCUUCUUUAACCGUGACCUGCGCUCAACCUACUGGGAUUUGCUACGGUGUCGUUACCGUAAUAUCAACCGCAGACUGUCUGCCGUCGGUGUACACGAGGCCCUGAAGUUUUAAAACAAGACCAGCCUCUUACUUGAAACACACAUAUACAGUACAGCAAGGUCAAUGUUGGAUUUGGAUCCUAUGUGGAGAGGUUGUGUUUUUUUUUUUCAGAAACUCUAAGAAGGAUGAAACCACAUGCCAUAUUUCAAGAGGCUUUUUGGGGAAAAAAAGAUUUGCAGUAGAAAGGUGAAGUCUGAAAAGGUCACAGCAGGAGGUUGGGAUGCUUUGGGAUGCACGAGCAUGGACGCUAUUUUUGGACUUGACGAUGGAGAACAAAAGUGAGUGUUGAAGCAGGUUGACAGGUGAUUUUAAAUAUUCUUUAAAAUUCUUUGAGAAGGACACAUUAUAUUUUUGGAUUUACUGAAUAAGGCUGAAAGGAGAUUGCAGAAUGACCUGAACAAGAGCACAGAGAAAUAUGUUUUAUAAGAUCAAAAUCCGAUACCGUUACCGUCUUUGCCCUUUGGUGAAGGACACUGCAAAGGUUUUUUCCAUGAAAUUUAAAGUGGAAACUAUUUCAGGACCGUUUUCUUGGCUGGAAUUCUCAAAGCAGAUGUUUCUGACCAUGUCAGAUGUGGACUGCAAGCGCUAGUGGAUAAUCGCUGCUGUAGGGCUUGUGGUCAGCACUGACUAAUGUUGGAAAUGCUCGUAUGUGUUUACGCGUGUUCCAAAGCGAAGGUGACAAGAGAGACAGGACACAAACAUCGCGUCCAAUGACUCACCCUGUGUAUUUUAAGAAACAUGCAUUUAGCAGUGGUCGGAUAUGUCUGUCCUCAAAGGAUUAUCAGACUGAAGAAAGCUUAGUGCGAAUGCGACGCUUUGAUCUGACCUGUUUUUUUGGCCAGAUUUAACUGGGUCACAAAAAAUAAUAAUAAUAAUAACAAUAAUAAUAAUAAUAAUAACAAGAACCACAGAGGCUUAAUGAUGAUAAUUUGAAUCAUUAAAUUGCAAAUGAACCUCUAACAUCUGCCUAGGAAACAGAAAUUUUCCAUAUGUACAAUAACAUGUAUAAUUGUCAAAUAUUUGUGCA